UUGUGUGUUGUUUUUGGAUGUCGAUGAUACAUAAAAGGAAUGUUCAGAGUCAUUCAACUUGCAUUGUUUUAUUUUUUUUCAUUUAUUUAUUGUUUUCUUCGCAAAAUAUUGCGGCUGAAAACCUCCCUUUGAUAUCCAACUUGAAUACAAACGCUACCCUUUCUGCUCAUGAAAGUCCUCAACCUCAUGAUUCUUCUUUGUUCGAGUCUUCUUCUUACGCUACUAGAGAAAGUGAUUCCAUCGAUCAAUAUUCUGAACAAGCACAGAACUUUACAAUUCUUGGCAAAAACUUUGGUAAAGCUCGUAUGAUUGGCUAUGGUGAGGGACAGUAUGAAAGAGAAGACAACGUUUCUCUAGACAAUUUAGAAAGGGAGCCUCCUCUAAAAGUUUUGAUAGACGGAAGUCAAGUUUCGAAAGUUUAUGUUCACAAUGAUACUGCAAUUUCUUUUAUGUUAAACUCUAGUAGAAUAUAUCCCGACUCGGUGAUUGAAGUUUUGCAAGGAGAAAAGAAAACUGCGAGAAUACCUAUCUCAUUGAUACCUUCGAGUAAAACGGUUCCUUUGUCCAAGGAAGAAGAAAAGGACUGGAGUUUUGAACAUAUUUCCUACUCAACUCAUAACGUUUAUCAGUUGUAUUCAAGACUGUUGGAACUAUUGACUACUGAACAGAAUAGGAAUCGAACGUCAUAUUUUGAACAAGGUGUAGACUAUUUGAAUAGAGCUAUUCACAUUUUACAGGAUCAACAAAGUCCUCUAGGUACCUUGGCGCUUUUGAAGGAUCCCAUGAACGAAGCCAAGAGACUUGCUCUUCUUUCAGUUGAAAGCUUCAUAUUAGGCUCUAUAGAAGGAGAUGAUGGUUGUAUGGUCACUUUGGGUGCACUUUAUUUGUCCGGAUUGAGUGAUUGUAUACCACAGAAUUUAUCCAUCUCCUAUUUAUUUCUUGCAAAGGCUGCAGACUAUGGAAAUCCUGAUGCACAAGCAUUACUGGGUAUUAUAUUUGCAAGUUCCUUUUCAAAUACUCUUCUUCAUUCGGUAGAUAUGGAACCUAAAAGUUUAUGGACUCGAGUACGAUUUCUGUCCAAUUGGUUUUCCAGAAACCACAUUACCUUUAUCAAGAAUACUUCCGUUUUAGAGUCUUUGAAUCGAUUACGUAGUGGCUUCUUUACUAAUCAUUUAAAAGAGCUCUUGGAACUAGAAAGCGAGCAAAAAUAUACUAUUGCCUUGUUGUUGUGGACAUUUGCAGCGGAAGGAGGGUCCGAUUAUGCACAAAGUGCUCUAGGUUUUCGUUAUUUGUAUGGAAUUGGAGUGCCACGAGAUUGUAUCAAAAGUGUUUAUUAUUAUAAGAGAGCAGCUUGGCAAACUAUCCGUCAGAGUUUUAUAGAACCCUAUAUUUCUAGCUUAUCGCCAUUCAAUGCGUUUUUUGUGAAUAUUACUUCAGAAAAAGAUGUUGGUCUUAGUUUAUUGGGACGUCCUUCGUUGCCUUAUUCUUCAGGAGAAGUAACUUUGUUAUUUAAUCAUGAAGCUUGGAUCAAGGACCGUCAAGCAACUAAUGACAUUAUUGAAUACAAAUAUCAUGAAGCAGAAAAUAAUGAUGGUAAAUCGGAACUCUUUUUAGGAGAAUUGUUUCUUUCAGGUGCGUAUGGAGUCAGUCAAGACUUUGAAAGAGCUGCAGAAUAUUUUGAAAGAGCAUCUCUUCAUGGCUAUCCUCAAGCAAAUACGCUUUUAGGUGUAUUUUCCUUAUUUGGUUUGGCUAGUCGAGAAAAGAAUGAAACAGUGGCAUGGGAACUCUUUCAUGAAGCAGCUCAAGUGGAAGAUGCACAAGCAUAUAAUGCCAUUGGUUAUUGUUAUUAUUAUGGCAUAGGAACUCUGAAGAAUAUCAGUGAAGCUGUACAUUGGUUUCGAGAGGCUGCAAGUAAAGGCAGUGUGGAUGCUUUAUAUAAUUUGGGUAUGUUGUCCUGGAAGGGAUUGGAUGAAUAUGAGAAUAUUCCAAAUGCAUAUUCUUAUUUCUUAAAAGCUUCCAAGCAUGGACAUUCUCAUGCUACAUAUCGAUUAGGGGAAUUGGUGUUUUCAGAACCAAGUGUUAUUGUAACAGGUGAUCGAUGUACUAAAGCAGCGUUAUACUUCAAAUAUGUGGCUCAAAGAGGCCGACCUACUUAUUUAAUGAGUCGUGCAUUUCGAGCUAUGAGUAUUCGUGAUUAUGGCACAGCAUUACUUCGAUAUGUUCAAGCUGCACUUGCUGGAGUGGAAACAGCUCAAUAUAAUGCAGCAUAUAUGUAUGAACAUGGGCUUGGAUUAGCUUAUGGUGGUAAAAGAAAUAUAUAUUCAAAAAUACAAUAUUGGAAGUCUCGUUUGGGUUUCCAUUCAUCCAUUUCCUCAAAGGAUUUGGCUAUCUAUCAAAAUGCACAUUAUUAUUAUCGAUUAUCUGCUAGACAAGGAAACCCCUAUUCACAACUAAAGAUUGGUGACUUGUUUUAUGAUGGAUAUUUGGAUAAUAACCACUCUCUUGGAUACAGAAAAGCUGCAGAAGCUUACUUUAAGGCAACAGAAAUGGGCAAUGCUGAAGCAUCUUUCAAUUUGGGUUAUAUGUAUUUUAAUGGUAUCGGAUUCGCACGAGAUUUCCAUUUAGCCAAAAGAUAUUAUGAUACUUCCGUAAACCUUUCUCCAGAAGGAAUGGUUCCCGUCCAAAUUGCUUUACGUAUACUUGACUGGUUUCAAAUGUUUCAUCACUUGGUAGGAAUCAUAUCUCAACGAUGGUUGACAAGCAAAUUACUUUUGAGUCACCUUUCAAAAGCACUUGAAAUGCUUUCACAUUGGAUGUCUCUCAGUGUAUUGAUGGUUGUUUCUUCAUUUACAUGGUGGAUAUAUAGAAGAAUGUUCAGUUGAUGCCAAUUUGUUUUCAAAGAGGAAGGUUGGUGAGUUGUUCCUUGAUAAGUUGCCUUUCAAUUUGGAAUGCUGCACGAUGAUAAGGUGACAAGAUCCAAUGACGCCAAUAGUUGGAUUGGAGAGCUGAUAACAUUUGAUUAUGCACGUGGAACCAAAGCACAUUUCCUCCAAGUCCUAUACAAUCCCAAUC